GCGACAGUUCUACCUCGACCAUUGCCGGUUAAUUUUCGCAAGGCGGCUACGUAUACGAAACAAUAGAGGUGAUCUUUUCAAUGCGAUACGGCGCGAUAUGGCGACAGUUUGUGUGUUAGGUUGAAUCGUAAAUCUACUUGCAACGCUUCGGUUACAUUUCUGACUUUAUCCUCAUCGCGGUAUUACAGACGGUUCAUGAUUUACAGAUAAAAAAUCAUAUUAGUUGAUUAAUUGGUGAGAAAACAAUCGUAUCUUCUUUCUUUUGUAUUGUAAUUCGAAUUUAAAAGAUUGAAAGAGUUAAAAACAACUAACUAAUGACACAUCGAGUGUCGAUUCGAUUUAAGAAGAAGGAUAUGUAUCAUAUCGAAGUAACAAGUUGCAAGCAUUGUAGAAACAAUGCCUCUGCUGACGAGGGAAGUUGAGUUUAAACUUUGGCGAAUCGACAUGCUGUUGUGGGAAUACUGGAACAUACAUUCCAAAGGACAAAGUAACGAAGAAAAGAAGACACAAUCAUGUCAUGGGAAUCAAUCUCUUCGAGAGAUUAUCUCGGCGGGGCGGCCAGUCAUCAACUCUCCGCGACCGCUCUUCUGGGUAGUCCAGAUGGAUCGCGGCAUCCGCUAGAUGUAUGUGAAUUCACCGAAGAGGACUAUCGGCAUCAGAAUUCCAAUGGAAACACUCAUUACCAGAACGGCAGGUCCGGCUCUGGUCUAUGGGAAUGUCUAAUAGGUUGCAGACGUCGUUUAGACCAACAUAUGGCUCGAAGACGGGUGGAACAAGGCUUGAAGUUAUAUCGCGCUCAUAAACAACAAGCUGCUGUUCGUAAAUGGAGAGGUGCUUUAAAGAAUAUCAGACAACGAGAAGAUAAAUUCGCCCUUCUCGGCUAUCUGUAUCAAGCCUACAUGGAUUGGGGAAAGUAUAGAGAUAGCAUCGAUUUUGGACACAAACAGUUAUGCAUUUCCGAAGAAUUGGAUUCGCCAAACAUGCGGGCAGAAGCCUAUUUAAAUCUGGCGAGGGCACAUGAAAGAUUGGGCGCAUUAGAUAGGGCUUUGGACUAUGCGAGACACAGCUUAUACAAUGAAUGCGAUCAAUGUGCGACUGCUGGAUUGGUUCAUUUGACCGUAGGCAGAGUUCACUUAGAAUUAGCAGGAUUUUGUAAAGCUUUAGAAGCUUUUCAAAGAGCUCAUAAAAUUGCUCAUUCGAUUCAAGACCCGUCAUUGGAAUUGCAGGUAUACGUAGGUUUAUCGGAGCUAUUCUGCAGAUUACACGAUGCUGAUAAGAGCGCUAGGUAUGCGGCUAGAGCUUACGACCUCUCAAGAAGCUUGCAACUGGGCGACUUAAAUUCCCGACAUCAUAGAGCAGCUCUUCUUCAGAUGGCAGCGGCACUCCGGAAAAAAGGAGAACUCGGUGACGCCCACGAUUACUGUUCGGAGGCAACACGAUUAUCGUUAGUUUCUGGAGAUCAAGCUAGUUAUGCCAGGAGUAUACGAAUAAUGGGAGAUAUUUAUAGAAAAAAGUCCGAUAUAAACAAAGCAUUUCGACAGUAUGAAAGUGCGAUGGGAUCUGCGGCAGCGACCGGAGACCGUCUCUGUCAAAUGGAAGCUAUGGACGGCGCAGCGAGAUGUCUUGAGGCCCUUCGAUUACAACAUAAAAUAUGCAAUUGUCGUCCUCUUGAAUUCAAUACUAGGCUGCUCGAAGUAGCUGGAUCAGUUGGUGCGAAGUUCCUGGUACGAACAGUGAGAUCGAGGCUUUCCCGUAUUUAUGGUUCUCUUGGAGAUGAGGAACAAAAGACUCAUCACGAAAGAUUAGCUACGGCAAUGGAAGAAGAUUUAGAAUUGCGAUGUGGUAGUUGUAACGAGCCUUUCGGCCUUGAAACCGAUUCUUUGGAAGCAUUACCUUGUUCUCACAUAUUACAUGCCAGGUGUGCAUACGACAUUUUAAAAAAACGUGACAAAAAGAAGAAACGUUUGUGUCCCGACUGUCACAAAUCCGUUAGUUCACGAUUGUACCUGCAUUGCGAAGAUCCUCAUGGCAUGAAUACUUUAAAUCACAGUUCCUUGAGUCUGGCAUCAUUGAGAGCCAGCAGUUUAGCCACGUUGGACGACUGUCACGCUACUAGCAGUGUUUAAAUCUAAUAAUCCGUUACAUCAACUUACUUAUUUACUUAUGUACUUAGGAUUUUGUUUACUUAGAAUUUUUUGAACAAUGUGUUCUUUGUAAUGAUCACUACUAAUAUUUCACGUAUGAAUGUAAACAAAGCAAAUGCAAGCACGACCAGUUGUAUCCUAAAUCUGACUCAAAAUGCAACUGUGCACAUUAGCUUAAUUUCAAAUAUUUUUUUUAGGAUAUAAGAGAUAUCAAGCUUGCGUACAGUCUGCCAAUUAAGCGAUUAGACAUGAAUAUUACUUAAUGCGUGAAUUGUUUAACAUUUAAAUUAGAAUGAAGAAAUUUAAAAAAUAUUAGCACAAUAUCAAAAGACUUGAUGGCAAUAAAAAUGCACAU